AUGAUUCAUUUAUGGCCGGUUUCACCACGUAGAAUUAAAGUGAACAGAGUUAUAUUAGCACCAUACUUUACUGGUGUUAGUGAAUCCUCAGCUUGUCGAUACGUUCGUCAAGCUUGUAGAGCCAUCGCAAGGCAUAGAUCAAAAUUCAUUUAUUUUCCUAAAAAUGUUGUUGAUAUGAGAAAAGUUGUUAAUGGAUUUUACAGCCUUUGUAGAUUCCCAAAAGUGGUUGGAGCUGUGGAUUGCACUCACGUCAAAAUUCAAUCACCAGGUGGAGAUAAUGCAGAAACAUUCCGAAACAGGAAAGGUUAUUUUUCCAUCAAUACACAAUGUAUUUGUAAUCCAUGGCUUAAGAUUAUGGACAUAGUUGCGCGAUGGCCAGGGUCUAGCCGUGAUCAGAUUAUUUUUGAUAACUCUUUAAUCAAAAGUAAAUUUGAAAAUGAAAUUAUAAAAGGAUACCUAUUAGGAGACGGUGGUUACGAAGUUAAGCCUUACCUAAUGACUCCUUUGCUGAACCCUACCACACGAAGCCAGCAGUUAUACAAUGAAAGCCAAAUCAGGACAAGAAAUGUUAUUGAAAGAUGUUUUGGUGUUCAUAAACGAAGGUUUCCUGUAUUGAGCAAAGGAAUAACAACUAGCCUAAUCAAUACACAAGCAAUAAUUGUGUCAUGUGCUAUUAUUCAUAACAUCUGUAUUGACCUACACGAUGAACUUCCAAAUGACAUCCUGCAAGAGGGCUACGAUAUUGAAAAUAUUGCAGAAGAUAACCUUCCAAAUUUAAUAGAGGUUACGAGAGGCAGACAAGAACGAGAUCGUCUGGUCAGGGAUCACUUUGGCAAUUUAGAAUAA